AUGAAGGCCUUUAUUGCCUUGUUUUGCUCACUCCUUCUGAAAUAUUCUUACAGACGACAUGGAAAGGACAACUACUUCAGUUGCACAUAUGUUCUUCCUGAUGGUGUCACACACACAAAGGGUUUUGUAAAAGAUCCAGGUGAGGCAAAUGGAUACCUUGCUUUUACAGAUGGAGUCCUACCUCCGCAACCUGAAAGAAAAGAGGACAUGGAUCAGCUAGAAGUUAGAGAAAAGCCCGAGGACAGAAGAAAAAUUGAUUUAACACAAACUGAGUUUACUUUGACAAAUGAGCGCUUCCUUGUCCCAGAGAUGAUCUUUCGUCCUGCUGAUUUGGGAAUGAAUCAGGCUGGACUAGCAGAGUGCAUUGUUAAAGCUGUCAAUUCCUGCCAUCCUCAUCUUCACCCUGUGCUCUAUGAAAGCAUUAUAUUGACUGGUGGAAGCACACUUUUUCCUCGAUUUGCUGAAAGAUUAGAAAGGGAUCUCCGACCUCUUGUACCCGAUAUAUACCAAGUGAAGAUAACUACUCAAGAAGAUCCUAUUUCAGGUGUUUGGCGCGGGGGUUCACUUUUGGCAUCUAGUCCUGAUUUUGAAGCAAUGUGUGUGACUACGACCGAGUAUGAGGAGCUGGGGUCUGCUCGAUGUCGCAAUUUCUUGGAUGAGUAUGCUUUGUCAUGUCACUUGGUCAUAAUACUUUUGAAACGAAGGAAAGGUCGAAGCAGGUUUGGAUUGUUUCGUGAAGAUGAAACACCUAAUUACUUCAGUCUUCAAAACAUGAAAUUCUUCGUUUUGGCUUCUGGGAUGUUCUGUCAACCUGAACUUACGAUGGAAUGA